AUGUUAUCUUGCAGGAUCAUAAAGGAAUCUAGAGUGCAUGGUGUAUUGGAGGAUAUACGGGAACAUGUUUUGUUGAACUUGCAUAGUAUAGAGAAGAAUCUCCAAAAUCGGAUGCUAGUAAAUUUUCAACCUGUAUUUGGCAAUUUUUUUUCCAUAUUUAACCUUUUCUUCCUGGAACCAACAUUCACUUUUCAGACUGAUUCUUCUGUUGAUGGAAGCUAUUCAAUUCCACUACUGUUUAAGAAGCUGCCGGAAAUAAAUCAGGAGGAUUCCCAGUGGACAGAUUGUGAAAUCAGGGAUGCUAUCAAUUCUAUAUAUCAAAACUUACAAAAGCUGGAUUCUUACAUAUCUGUUCUUGUUACCAACCACAGAAAACCAAGGAAAAUAACCCAAUAUUGGAUCGGCUAUACAUGUGGUGCAAUUGGUCUGUCUGCCUGUUCCAUUUGGCUCUUGCGACAUAGUAGUUUGAUGGGAAGUUCUGAUCUUGAUAAUUGGGUUCAAAAAGCAAAGGAUUCUACAGUUGGCUUUUAUAAGGAUCACGUGGAACAACCGGUACUGUUCUUGACUAAUACUAACUAUCAUGCAUUCCCCCCCCCUCGCGAAAAGUAG